CUGGCACGUCACCAUUGCCAAGGAAUACCAAUUGUUUAAAACUAAACAAACAAACUCGCUGGAGCUAUGGACAAGGACACAUUCACGCUGCAGUCUAUUCGGCAGGACCUCAUCGAUAACAACCUGCAGGCCAAGGCGAUCAUACAGGAUAUCCUGAAUAGCCGCACGUCGAUCGCUGAACUGGAAGAGUUAAACGAAGCGGGGCGUUCGAAGUUGUCAGCCAUCAGAAGGAGCAUCGAGCGCCUAGACGACUGGGCUCGUGAUACAGCGGACGCAGGACUAGCCAAGGAGGUGGACACGCAUCGCGACCAGUUCUCCAAGACACUGCAGGCAUUCCGGAAGGCAAACGUGUCCACAAUGCUGGAGAUAGAGAAGGCUAAUCGGGAGGAGCUAAUGGCCAUUACCGGCGAGAGUGAGCUGCGUCAACGGUCCACGGCGAGAGCACGCCACAACCAGGGCAGCCUGGUCUCCCAGGAGAACGAUGUGACCGAGAAGAUGCUGGCCAUAUCUAGGCAUUUGUCGGAAACCACACAGAAGAGCGCUGUUACCUUAGAAACGUUGGUGGCUUCGUCCCAAAACGUAGAGGCUACCAGUGACGAGUUGCACAAUACGGCCGGCAGCAUCACCAUGUCCGGAAAGCUGCUCAAAAAAUACGGUCGACGCGAGUGCACAGACAAAAUGCUGCUAUUCUUUGCCUUCUGUCUGUUCCUUGUCUGUGUAUUUUAUAUCGUGCAAAAGCGGCUCUUUUAAACCAUAGUUAAGGGCUUAGCAUUUGUUGUAUAGUAAUUAACUACUUUAAGCUUAGCACAUGAUAAUACAUUUUAAGCACCGCUCCUGUUUAUAUUUAAUUAGAUAAUUAUAUAAGUUGUUAGUGUGGUUUUGCUUGUAAAAAAUACAGUGUAGGCUAAAAAGUA